GACUAGCAAGCAUAGACGGAUAGCCGUCCACAGAAUGAAAUUAUCCUGAAACUAAAAUGGCCCUUCUCUCUUCUCCCCGUCCUCUCCCAACCCACUUCUCUGCUUCCACCUCCACUUCUCUACUUCUCCGCCGCCGCCCUAUCACAGCCUGCCAAGUCUGCACCCCCAAGCAACCCUUAAACCACUCCACAGUAAGUGUCUCUGAAGCUUCUGCCGAUGAUGAGCUCUGGGCCGCCGCCUGUCUCCGUAUUCGCUCCUUCAAUAACUUCAAGCCCACCACGUUCGGCCUCCAAGAUCACAAGAAGUUCUUGGCGGAGCGGGAGUUCGAAGCUAUGAAGGAACGUGUUAGUGGGAAGAGGAAGGGUUUUGGGAGAGUUUCGUGUAUAAAUGCCACAGUCCCACUCUCGCAUUUCUCAAGCCUUUCUGUUUCAGCUGAUGAUUUAUGUGCUUCGUGUAAGUUUACCAACAAUGGAGAAGAAAGAGUAGUGGUUGGGACCCUUGAUCUUAACCAGUGUGUAAGUCUACCAGAUGAGAUAACAGGAAGUAGACCAAAGGAAAUUGGAGCUGAUUUUGCAAGGGCAUACCUGAGCAAUGUAUGUGUUGCCAAUGAACUGCUUAGAAAUGGUCUAGGUCAUGCUCUUGUUGCAAAGUCGAAGAUGGUUGCGAAAGAUUGGGGCAUAAGUGAUUUGUAUGUUCAUGUUGCUGUUGACAAUGAACCAGCUAAACAGCUGUAUACAAAGAGUGGUUUUGUUUAUGAGAGUGACGAACCUGCAUGGCAGGCAAGGUUCUUGGACAGGCCAAGAAGGUUACUUUUGUGGUUUGGUAUCCCGGGCGUGCAACUAUGACCAACAAGUAUCAUAUGAUUCUUUCUUCGAUAUUCAUUGCUCGGACGAGGUGCAAAGCAUUUACAAGUCUGAACAUGAUUGGCUGGUCUCUUCCCCUUUGAGAUGUAUAGAUCUAUUGGGUAUCUUUAUCCUUUCAAAUCCUGUGUAUUUUACAUAUUUCGUGUUGUUAUCUGCUGUAAGCUGUAAGGAUAAAUACUUGAUUUAUAUAAGGAAUACUUCUAAAAGAA